AUGGUGAAAUCCGUGAAACAACGCAUAAUAAGCUACGAGGAAUUUAUAUACAUGCCAAACAUCAUCUUCAAGUCGCUGGGCUAUGAUAUAUUGGAGACACCCAGACCAUUCUGGCAGAAAAUACUAAUGCGAGUUUAUCUUGCAAUUUGUUUUUGCAGUCAUUUGUAUAUUGUGUUCUAUUUGUUCUUACGCAUCAUUCAAUGGGAUACUAUAAGAGGAAAUCCGUCCAACUUCAUACGCUAUGCAGAGCUCUUUUUUCUGGUACUGAACUCGGAAAUAAAGAUUAUCUCGUUUGUAUACUAUCGCCAUCGGCUGCAGCAACUGAUUUUUAAAUUACGAGACAUCUAUCCCGUCGAGAGUUGCUGCAAGAAAUAUCGUGUUGGUGACUUUUACUGGUCUCGCACUGCCAUUUAUGGAUUUAGAUACUUCUUCUUCAGCGUUUUGACUGUACUAUUCAGUCCAUUAUUGCAAUCGGUGCUUGUUUACUUCUAUCAAUAUUUUAAAAUUCGCAAUGAGGCACAGUUUCCUUAUCUACGUGCCUAUGCCAUGCAGCUUAGCUUCGAGACAAAGUCGCCUUUAAAUUAUGCAUUAGCUCAACUUCUAGAGUUUACUUGCACGCACUUCAUAAUGAAUUUUAAUAUGGGUACAGAUGUGUGGAUGAUGAGCCUUUCUGCCCUAAUAUGCAUGCACUUUGCCUAUCUGGGACAACAGCUGGAGCAGUAUAAGCCAAGUAGAUAUCAAGAACGCGAGGAUUGUGCAUACUUAAGCAAUAUUGUGCGCAAGCAUCGUCAUUUGCUGGGAAUGCACAAAGAACUCAAUAAUAUUUUUGGCAUGUUGGUGGCCUAUAAUUUGUUCACCACUGCCAGCAUUUUGUGCUGUGUGGCCUAUUAUACAAUGGUUCAGGGUUUUAAUCUAGGAGGUGUAUCCUAUCUCAUGUAUUUCGUCAGCUGCUCUGCUCAGUUCUACGCCGUGUGUCAUUUUAGCCAGUUAUUGAUCGAUUUGAGCGAGAAUCUGGCCAAGUCUGCUUACAGUCAAACUUGGUAUGAUGGCUCCAUUGCUUAUAGAAAGCAACUGUUGUUCUUUAUUUUAAAAACACAAAAGCCGGUGUAUCUUACCGCUCAUGGUGUGAUCAUCAUAUCCCGAGAUACUUUUAAAAUCUUGAUGAAGAUAACUUAUAAUGCAUUCGCCCUCAUGAGCAGAGUAAUAGAAAACGAUUAA